GUGGCAAGUUGUUUGUUACAGCGAGCACCAGCUGCUGCCUGCGCCCGGCGCCGCGCGCCGCUGCUCCGCCGCUCGGCCGCUCCGCCGGCGCUGCCUCCUUCGCCCGUCGCCGCCGCCGCCGCCGCCCGCCCGCGGCCCCUCGCAACUUGGCGGGCCUCCCUGCCCGGGACCCAGCCGGGCCCGGCGCCGAGCUUGCGGUCCCCGGGCCGGCUGCCCGCGGCGGCUCGGUGCCGGCUGGGCGCGGAGGGGGCGGGGGCCGCGGCUCGCCCCCCGCCGAUGAGCCGCCGCGGAGCGCGGGCGGACGAUGGAACUCCACAUCCUGGAGCACCGGCUGCAAGUUGCCAGCGUCGCCAAGGAGAGUCUGCCGCUCUUCACCUACGGCCUGAUCAAACUUGCCUUCCUGUCCUCCAAGACCAGGUGCAAGUUCUUCAGCCUGACGGAGACGCCGGAGGACUACACCAUCAUCGUUGACGAGGAGGGCUUCCUGGAGCUGCCCUCCUCCGAGCACCUGAGUGUGGCCGACGCCACCUGGCUGGCUCUGAACGUGGUGUCCGGCGGCGGCGGCUUCUCCAGCUCCCAGCCCAUCGGAGUGACCAAGAUCGCCAAGUCGGUCAUCGCCCCGCUGGCCGACCAGAACAUCUCGGUGUUCAUGCUGUCCACCUACCAGACGGACUUCAUCCUGGUGCGCGAGCGAGACCUGCCCUUCGUCACCCACACGCUGUCCACGGAGUUCACCAUCCUGCGGGUGGUCAAUGGCGAGACGGUGGCCGCAGAGAACCUCGGCAUCACCAACGGCUUCGUGAAGCCCAAGAUGGUCCAGAGGCCCGUCAUCCACCCGCUGUCCAGCCCCAGCAACAGGUUCUGCGUCACCAGCCUGGACCCCGACACGCUGCCCACCGUGGCCACGCUCCUCAUGGACGUCAUGUUCUACUCCAACGGCGUGAAGGACCCCCUGGCUGGCAGUGAGGACUGUGGCCACAUCCGCUUCUUCUCCUUCUCCCUCAUCGAGGGCUACAUCUCCCUCGUGAUGGACGUGCAGACCCAGCAGAGGUUCCCCAGCAACCUGCUGUUCACCAGCGCCUCGGGAGAGCUCUGGAAGAUGGUGCGCAUCGGAGGGCAGCCCCUGGGGUUCGAUGAGUGUGGAAUCGUGGCCCAGAUCUCCGAGCCCCUGGCCGCGGCGGACAUCCCUGCCUACUACAUCAGCACCUUCAAGUUCGACCACGCACUGGUUCCAGAAGAGAACAUCAGCGGGGUCAUCAGCGCCCUGAAGGUCAGCCAGGCGGAGAAGCACUAGGAGGCCCUCCGCCACCCCGCAGCCGGGCCUGGCCAGCCCUCCCCAAGACCGUUCUUGCAGUAUUUCUCCAGACUGGACAGCCGGCCGGCACCUGAGCUAGGGACCUCUAGGACACUCCCCCGUUGCCAGCCCCUCGGGACCCGGCCCGGGCCAAGGCCCCGCGCCCCUUCCAGCCCUUCCAAGAAUGACCGGUUUCCUGGCCCCGGCCUCACCCCAGAAAAUGGCUUCUGAGGCCCAGGGGACCUGGACGUGGACCCACCCGCCCGUGUGGCCCCAGGCACGGCCUGGGGCAGGCGCCCGGGGAAGCUGGCACGUCCUAGGAGGUGUCCCGCCCCCGGCGUCGUCCUGGGGGGCUGGGGGAGCGCGACUGCGCAUGCGCAACUCGGGGAGGCCCCCGGAAGGCGGGGGCUGAGCGCCUGGCCGCUGGUCUCUGGUCCAUCAGCUCAGGGCUGGUUCCCUCAGAUGGAGGCCAGCGGGCGGCCUGUGGCCGGAGGGGCCCAGGCAGGAGCAGUGGCCGCGGGGGAGGCCGCCGGCCGCCCGGCACCGCCUGCCAACCCAGGGCCUGCGCCCGACGCCCAGCGCGACUGCCAAGAGGGGCCCCGCGCCCCACGCACUCCCUCCUGGGGAGAAGGGGUCCCGAGACCACCAGCUGCUGCCCCUGCUCCCCUCCGGCCAGGGCAGACGGCGCCUGGGCUCCUGGGUCGCCCACCUCCCAGCAGCGACCCGACCAGCACAGGGCUCCUCGGCCGCCCUGGCCCAGCUCGCCCUGCUGCCCGCCCGCCCUGGGCCGCGCGGCGUCCCCGAGUACUUGACCUGGCGGCGGCGCGACUGAGCCUUAAUAGAGAAACCCUUCUCCGUUCAGCCUGCGUCCAGCGUAUCCCGGCCGCGGCCGCGGAGCCCCUGUCUGUCGCGGGAGGCGGGCCGUCUGAGUUCUGGGGGCGCCGAGGACCAGGCCCUGCCUUCCGGGUGAGCCGGGAGCAGGGCUCUGUGACAAGACACCGCUCCCGAGGCGCCUCAGCCAUGUGCGGUUCUGUCCGGGCCUCAGAGGGGCGAAGGGACCCGAGGGUCCCGGGAGGUGGCAGGCCAGCAGGUGUGUGGAGCAGGACCCCAGCCGCGGAGGCUGCGCCCUCAGGGUGGCGCUGUCCCCGAGCAGGUCACAGGAGCAGGGUGGCGGCUGUCCUGGUGAAGGGCUGUGCACGUGCUGCUCCUUGCGAGCCCCAGACCCCGGAUGGAGGAGCCCCUGGACCCCGUGGAUGCUCGCGGCCAGCGCACCAGUCAGAACCCCCUUUUCCUGUGUGCGCUGAAGUUGGUUCGUUUUGCACAAAACUCCAAAACAACCAAAUCUUGUAAACUGCUGGUCCCAGAAGGGCAGCGGCCAGGCAGCAGGGCCGAGGUCGCAGCCCAGACCCCUCUUGUCCCCGGAAGGCCUGGCUCUUCCGCGGCGCCCCCGCCCCCUGUCGCUUCCCAGGUCCCCUCUCCGCCCUCCCGUGUGCAAGUGUGGCCCCAGGAAGUCCGUGGUACGCCUGUGAGCCGUGUUGUCUGUGGCUGGAGCUCCGUCCUGUACAUAGCAUAUAUACCUGAGCAAUAUAUUCCUUAAUAUAUUCCCCGCGCAGCGCCGCACGGCCCGUCUGCGUGCGACGCGAGGGCCCGCCCUGCCCGCCGUCCCGGGCGCACGGGCACGUCUGGAGCCUCCGUGUGUUUUAAUUGGGGUACAUCAGCAAUAGAACAGUCGCCGACCCGAGGGAACGACCAGCAGCCGGGAGACGGCUGUGCCGGCGGUCGUGGCCAGUGUGGGGUCCCACAGCCCAGGCCCCUGGGCACCUCGAUUUGCUCACAGGGACAUGGGUCCAGCGGUGGAGGGAGAGUCGGGACUUCUUGCUCUUGAAUAGAACGACCCCCUCCCCAGUGUCACCCUGAAGACCAAGGCAGUGGACAGGUCACUCCUUGCCUUUCCCCAGGGUCCCCCCUUCUCAGAUGGCUUUCCUGCUGGUGGCUCACCUGAACUCUUUACUUAAAAAAAAAAAAAAAAAAAAAAAAAAAAAAAAACCUGCAAGCUUAGCAAUCUCAGGUUCUUUGCCCAGGUGUCCUCCUGGGAACCGGCCCUUUCUGUCCCAGAGAACCACGUAGACCAGGUCCAGGAAGGGGACCCUCCAGCUGCCUCCUCAGGAGCUGCCCCAGGAACCCCUCCACCUGGCCACAGUGUCCCCCCACUCUCCCCCACCGUCCUGCUGUGUCCCUGCUGGUGUGGGUGGGGAGGGUCUCCAUGGCUCUGGGGUGGAGCUGUUCCCAGGGGCUGUCUGCUCUCCUCCUUACCAUGCCCCCGUCCCCGGGUUUGCUGGUCUCUCCAGACCCCACGUGGAGGGCCAAGCGUUUCUGUGGGGCCCAGAUCACAGGCUCCCUGCCUGGGCAGCCUGAGGAGCCUGUGGGCGGCACCAGGUCCUCUGAGUUCCCGCUGAUGGGGCUGUAGAACCACUAGGCCAGCUGGGCGAGGCUCUGUGUGGCAGGGGACAUUCAGGCCCAGAGUGGCCACCUGGGCUCCAGAGUGUGGCUUUGCCCGUGAGCCUCUGCAGCAAGAGGCACCAGCCGCCCAGUGCCAGCUCCCUCACCUGAUCCCUGAACUGCAGACCAGUGGGGGGCAGCAGGGACCCCAGGGACAGAAGCCCCCUCCAGUCAGCCCUCAACGUGCGCUGCGCUGCUUCCCACGAAGCCCCCCACAGCCCGUCCUGGCCCAGCAGAGACAACAGGUGUGGCCGGCUCUGCACUGCUUCCUCCACGGGGGGCUCCAGAGCCCCCGAGAGGCGCUGCCCAACCACAGAACUGCCCUCUGCUGAACUGGAGAGGUGGCACCUGACCCUGUAACCUCUGGGGUAACCAGGGCUUCCCAAACCGUCAACUCCAGGCAGGAGACCCUGGGUUGGAGGGAAGGAGCUGCCCCACACCACCCGCGGAGGCAGCGUGACCCCAAUGGCGGUCGGUGACAACGGGACAUUUGGCCCCUCUGAGGCAGGAGAGGACGCUGGCGGUCAGGAGACAGGAUUCGGGGCAGGUGGGGAGGUCCAGGCCCCAAUCCAAGCCUGGGGCCCUGUCUGCCUGAUGAACAAUCUUCAGAGAUGACCCUAGGCCACCUGCCACCUGCCCCCACUGACCAUGUUCCCCAGGCAGUUCAGUCUUUAGAUUGGACACAGGGACAAGGGCUCUUCCCAGCUUCAGCCAAGAGGAUUUUGGGGGAGCACAGGCGAGGCCCAGGAACAGGGAGAGGAGCCACCCGCAGCAGCGCCCGCACCGGCCAGCGGCCAGGAGCAAGGACGCUGGGGCUCCCAUGAGGGAGCCCGCACUGUGGUUCGGAAGGUCAGGCCUGGAGGGGAGCUGGCCAGGGCGGCCAGAGGGCAGCCGCAGAGGAGUGGACCCUGGCUGGCUGCGAGGCCUCCUGCACCUCCAAGCGCCUCCCGGCCUUUUUUCUUACACUUUCAAAUUAGAAGUGGCUUCCCUGUGCCACACUGAGGGUGGGCUGUGGCCCCAGCUCAGCCUCCACGCCCUCCUGUGAAGGCCACUGUCCCAGGGAAGGGGAAGGUGGAGCUGCUGGUUGAGGCAGUGUCUUGGGGGCAAGGGCACCAGGCUAGGGCCCCUGGGCAGCCUGGCAGGCAGGAAUCUGGGAGGGGCGGCUCUGGGCGCGGCUUGCUUCCUGCGUGUUCGUGAGCGUGUGCGUGGGGCGUGAGCGUGUGCGCACAGCGGCCAGGCCUGAGCAGCAGCUCUGCUGGUUGGGUGAUGGAGUCCUGGGGAGCAGCCUUGGCCGUGGCACGUGUGCAGGUCAGAGGGCCGCCCUGACCAGGCAGGGAGCCGAGGCACGACCCUGGCCCCGGUGUGGAGACUGCUCGGAGGGGACAGGCGCCCUCAGGCUGGCCGUCCAUGCGGCUGGCCUGACUGGAACCUUGAGGUCACCUGAACCCGAAGACGGUCUUCGCAGGGAGCCAGGUGGUGCCCUCAACCUAUGGACUCCUCCCGAGAAAGGGUCAGCAAAGUCGGAGGCCCAGGCGGGGCCACACCGAGACAGGCCGGCUCCGUGCGCGUCCCUUUCCACUGCCUCAGUUUACCUCCAUCAGAAAACGUUCCCGAGCGGAGCGGUCGGCUCCCCAGUAGCGGGGCUGGUGGAGGCAGGACCCCAGGCCCCCCAGGCUCCUCGCACGCGAGGCCAGAUCAUUUCCGUUACCCCGAGGUUGGGGAGCGGGGGUGGGGGCGGGGGUCUGCACCCCAGAGCCUCCUCUGGGGCGGGGCCAGGCGUCCUGCCCACAGCCCCCUCUGGGCUGCACCUGGCCUGCCGUGCCCGGUCACCAGCAGCACCAGUGGCACUUCACCCGUCCCAGGUCUGGUUCCUGCCCCAGCCCCAGCGCCCUCGCGCCUACUUUCUUUGUCAAAGAAACAAACCCCUCGAGAUUCACGUACUGUAUGACGGAGAGAAAAAAGUACCUAAUGUUCCCCAAAAAGACAGUAUAUUUUGUACUUUGUAAAGUGUUAAUUAAA